AAGAGAGGCUGGCCUCAAAUAGAUGAUAAAGGCAGAAGUGUCCUGUACCUGGUGAUGGGAAAGUUUGUGCCUCAUGCUGGGCAUUUCAAGAAAAAAGAAAACCACUGGGCGGUUUGAAAUAGAUCAGACGAAGAUGAAUAGAGGUUUUUCUAUCCUUUUUAUAGUUCUUUGCGUGGUUGCUAUGAUUGUCAUAUACGCUGGUCGUUUCAGUUUGUGGAAACGAGCAGGAUUAGGGAGAAUUGUGAAGGGAGUUAAUGAUGAAAUCGACCCAGGUUUUGAAAGUUCGAAGGCUGUUGAACAGAAGGAGUAUUUGAUAAAUUUUAAGAAAUCAAAAGAUAACGUUCUUGUUUUUUUGCACAUUCAGAAGACAGGAGGUACUGAGUUGGAGAAGAGAUUAGUAAAACAAAUUGUCGAGCUUAAAUGCAAAUGUAAAAGCACAGCUAAACUCGCGUGCAAGUGUUUGAGAAGAAAUGGUAUUCCAUGGAUUGUAAUGAGAUAUGCAAUUAUAAAUAAAAGUCAUGCCUGGCCAUGUGGUGUACACCCAGACAUUACUGCAUUGAAGCAUUGCUUACCAUUGCUUUUCAAGGAACAAAGACAAUACAUAACCCCUAAAUUUUUGUACAUGACUCAGUUGAGAGACCCAGUAGAGAGAUAUGUAAGUGAAUUUAGACAUGUCCAGCGUGCAAAAGCAUGGGAACACGCAAACUUGAUGUGCAACAAUCAACAACCUUCAAGUCACACCUUUUCAUGUUUUGAGAACAUGACCAGAGAUAAUAUAACACUAGAAAGGUUCCUUAGCUGUGAUAGAAAUCUUGCCAAUAAUAGACAAACAAGGAUGAUGGCAGACCUAGAAUUGGUUGGCUGCUAUAACUACUCAUCAAUGAGCAUAAUUAAAAGAGAAAAGAUACUCUUGCAAAGUGCCAAAGAGAAUUUGAAAGCAAUGACAUAUUUCUCAUUAAAUGAAAGACCUGCUGACAGCCAGUUUGUUUUUGAAAAGACAUUUAAUUUAAGGUUCCAGGAAAAUUGGUUUUUGUUAGAUACAGGAUAUGCAAAUGAAUACAUGAAAACCAUAUCAGAAUCUGAUGUAUUGAAGAUAAAAGAAAUGAAUCAUUUGGAUGUAGAACUAUAUAAAUAUGCUGAGGAACUAUUUGAAAAGCGACUCAACUUCUUGAAAGGCUUAACUUUGGAUGAACCUUUGGAUAACCAAAUUAAGAAAAACAAAAAAGGAAACAAGGUGUUGAUGAAAAAUUGGAAAAGAGAAUCAGUUAUGGGGAAGAGACCAAAGAAGAAAAGUGGAAAGAGAAAAAAAUUUAAAAUGUAAUUCUAAUGUUUUUAGUUUAUUUAUUGAUUGAAUUUGAUAGAUAUGAAUUGUAUAUAUUGAUAUUUUCAUAUGCAUUCUUGUCUGGGAAUUUUUAUUUUACAUAUUUAUUUAUAUAUUUGAUACAAGCAGGAUGAUCAUUCACCCUCUGCUACACAAAUGGCCUUUGAAUUUUUAAACAACUAGAAAAAGUACCCAAUUCAAAAAAUUUUCAAAGCUGUAUGCAAAUAAAAGCUCCACUUUCUAGACAAGGCCAGUUGUUGAUUUUUUAAUACCAUUUCCUAGUCGAUUUUAGAUUUAACUUGUCUGUUUACUAAUUAAAUUGAACAUUAUUCUCGUAUUGGAUGUAGCCUAUAGACUUGAAUCUAACCAUAUUGGAUCUAAUCAAAUUUGAUUGAUAUUUGAAAACUUGCAGUUUAGGAGGCGAAGUGAAAUAAGGCAAAUCAGGUUAACUAAUAAAGAUUUAUUAGAUUAUGAAAAAUGGUUCUGCAAAUACCAAAUAAGCAAUCCAAAUCUUUGAAUGUUUGUGUUUAUGAUGAAGUAAUUAUAAUAAGAAUCAUGUUUAUCAGAACGUGCAAAGUUUAUGAUUACUAGUAUCAUUUUAUUAUAAGCUCCAAGUAAUUUGCUAUAGCCGUAGAAAGUCCAACUAUUCAUUUCCAGUUAGACCCUAUCAACACAACACCAUUAAAUGGCUUUUGUUUUAAUAAACAUGUUUAUGGAAUCAAGAUGCUUGACAUCUCCAUUUCAUACCAUUUCGAGCAUAAUUUUGUUUAAAAAGAAGGCCAAACAAAUGUGGUAUGUUGUAAAUGGGGUCUUAAUUAGCAGGUAGUUUUUGUGUUUUUUUUAACUCCAUUUGUCUUUGUAGAAAACAUGCAUCAAUUAUAUUUGAUGAUUGAUUUUAGCUUCUCAAAUCAGUUUAUAUUAUGUUUAUGUAUUUGUAUGUGAAGUCUGAAGAUAAGCAUAUUACCCUAAGAAAACUAAUUGAAAAUAGAAUUAAUAGUUAGCAUCAUCGGAUUCUUUAAUGACCAAAGUGAAAACUGAAAUAGAGAAUGAAGAUCAAUUUGUGACUGAAUAUUUUCUUCUAUUCAGAUAUGAAGGGUAUCCUUGCUUCUGAUACUACUAUUGGCUUGUUUAAUCUCCACCUGGUUGCUAUUUAGGACGAAAGAAUCAAUUUACAAUUAUAUAUGUCCUGUAAAACUCAAGAUGUUGAAAUUUCCAUAUGCAUAACAGUUUUCUAGAUAGUUUUAUUUCU